AGGUUGGAGACACCUCAUUUGAUUUGCCAGAAGCCAAUGUUCUGAUCCAGAUCUCCUCCCAUGGGGGGUCUCGCAGGCAGGAGGCCUAGAGGCUUGGUAGAGUCUUACGAGCAAAGAAAGGAAUGGUUGCAGAGGAGUACAAAGCCUACUUCUAUUCGCUGCUGUCCCAGGACACACAGGAGAUGGCGUACUCCACCAAGAGGCAGAGAUUCUUGGUCGACCAGGGCUACAGCUUUAAGGUCAUCACUAAGUUGGCAGGUAUGGAAGAAGAAGACUUGAUGUUUUCCACAAGAGAUGAGCAACAGCAGCUGCUGAUGAAGGUCCUUGCUGCGUCCGACCUGGACGCCGAGGAGGAAGUGGUGGCCGGGGAGUUUGGCACACGACCACAGUUCUCGAGGCGAACGGGCACCAUGAGCUCCAUGUCCGGUGCAGAUGACGCCGUCUACAUGGAAUAUCACAGCAGAGGCAGCAAACCCUCCCAACUCAAGGGCGUUCAUCCGCUGUUCAAACGCUUCAGCAAAUAGAUGCACUGACUGAGACGUUCACACCGAAAUACCUACUCUGUUGCUUAUCAACUGAUUGAGCUGGUUUCACAGAACUGCCUUUUCUCUUUUUGAAACCUGAAUUGACCUGAGUUAAUCAGCUUUUGAGGUAACGUGGCAAAGAUUUGAAAGGUUUAUACAUCACAACCUUAAUUCACAUAAAUCGGUGGAUACUACGGAUUAGUGUUCCUGGUUGUGCCCCAUGAUGUUAUUGUAAGUUAAUAUGAAUUGUUAGAGAGUUUACUUUGUAAUGUUGCUAAAUGUUUUUUGGAAAAGAA